CCUUGGGCCUGAGAGCUUAGCCCGGGUCGGCUAGGGUGGGUGGCCGGGACGUCCGCGUCGGCCGACGAUGUGGGGCAGCGAACGACUGGUGGGUGCCGGGGAAAGUGGGGCUGUCGUAACUGUGGCUUUCACCAACGCUCGCGACUGCUUCCUCCGUUUGCCUCGGCGCCUCGUGUCUCAGCUGCACCUGCUGCAGAAUCAAGCUAUAGAAGUAGCCUGGGGUCACCAGCCUGCAUUCUUGAGCUGGGUGGAAGGCAGGCAUUUUUGUGAUCAAGGUGAAAAUGUGGCUGAAAUUAACAGACACGUCGGUCAGAAACUUGGACUCUCGAAUGGGGAACAGGUGUUCCUCAAGCCGUGUUCCCAUGUGGUGUCUUGUCAGCAAGUUGAGGUGGAACCCCUGUCCGCAGACGACUGGGAGAUACUGGAACUGCAUGCUGCUUCCCUGGAACGGCAUCUUCUAGAUCAAAUUCGAAUAGUUUUCCCACAAGCCAUUUUUCCUGUCUGGGUUGAUCAGCACACUUACAUAUUUAUCCAGAUUGUUGCACUAUUACCAGCGGCCUCUUAUGGGAGGUUGGAGACUGACACCAGACUCCUUAUUCAGCCAAAGACCCGCCAAGCCAAAGAAAAUACAUUUUCUGAAGCAGAUAAUGCACGUGGAACAUCUCAUAAUUUCGGAAGAGACCAAAAAGGAUUGGCAGAACUCCAAACCAAGCAACAUCAGUCAAAUAUUAUACGAGUUACUGGGUCUGAUGAAACAGAUUCGGAGGAUACAGUUGACUUACCAUCAGUACCAAGCUUCUGGACUAUGAUAGGACGCAUUUUCUCUUUUGGGUCUGAAAGGAAACAAGAGACAUCCUGGGGUGUGACUGAAAUCAGUGCAUUCAAAAAUAUGCAGUCAGCAGUUGUUCCUGUGGACAAUAUUUUCCGAGUAUGUAAAUCUCAGCCUCCCAGCAUAUGCAGUGCCUCAGCAACUUCUAUAUUUCACAAACACCAUGCCAUUCAUGUAUUUCCAUGGGACCAAGAAUAUUUUGAUGUGGAGCCCAGCUUUACUGUGACCUAUGGAAAGCUGGUUCAUCUACUUUCUCCAAAGCAACAGCAAAGUAAAACAAAGCAAAGUGUCCUGCCACCUGAAAAAGAGAAGCAGAUGUCACAACCAUUAGAUCAAAAACAAAUUAGUCUAGACCAUAAUCAAGACGCCAGUAAGGCCUGUGUGCUGAAGGUGGUCUGGAAUGGACUUGAGGAAUUGAAGAAUGCCAUAAAAUACACCAAAAAUGUGGAAGCUCUCCAUCUCGGGAAAGUCUGGAUUCCAGAUGACCUGAGAAAGAGAUUGAAUAUAGAAAUGCAUGCAGUAGUCAGAAUAACUCCACUGGAAAUUACCCCUAAAAUUCCAAGAUCUCUAAAAUUACAACCUAGAGAAAACUUACCUAAAGACAUAACUGAAGAAAACAUAAAAACUGUGUUCUAUUCAUGGCUUCAGCAGUCUUCUACAACCACGCUUCCUUUGAUAAUAUCAGAGGAGGAAAAUAUUAAGCUGGAAAUUAAAGAUGGGUUGAAGGAGUUUUCUCUGAAUAUAGUUCAUUCUUGGGAAAAAGGAAAAGAAGAUAUUUUUCUGUUGAGUACCAAUCUGCUGCAGAAGAUCACAAUACAAGUCCUUCUAGAUCCUAUGCUAAAAGAAGAAAACAGUGAGGAAAUUGACUUUAUUCUUCCUUUUUUAAAGCUGAACUGCUUGGGCGGAGUGGCCUCCUUAGGCCUGUCCUCCGUGGAGCACAUCACUCACAGCCUCCUGGGUCGCCCCCUGUCUCGGCAGCUGAUGUCUCUUGUGGCAGGACUGCGGAAUGGAGCCCUUUUACUCACGGGAGGAAAGGGAAGUGGAAAAUCAACUUUAGCCAAGGCAGUCUGUAGAGAAGCAUUUGACAUACUGGAUGCCCAUGUGGAGAUAGUUGACUGUGAAGCUUUGCGAGGAAAAAGGCUUGAAAACAUACAAAAAACCUUAGAGGCAGCUUUCUCGGAGGCAGUGUGGCGGCAGCCUGCAGUUGUUCUGCUGGAUGACCUGGAUCUCCUGGCCGGCAGGCCGGCCCCGCCGGAGCAGGAGCACGGCCCUGAGGCGGUGCAGAGCCAGCGGCUGGCACAUGCUUUGAACGAUAUUUUGAAAGAGUUUAUUUCCAUGGGAAGUUUGGUUGCGCUGAUUGCCACAAGCCAGUCUCAGCAUUCUCUCCAUCCUUCACUUGUUUCUGCUCAAGGAAUUCACACAUUUCAGUGUGUCCACCAUAUUCAACCUCCUGAUCAGGAACAAAGACAUGAAAUUCUGCAUAAUGUAAUAAAAAAUAAACUGGACUGUGACAUAAACAAGUUCACUGAUCUUGACCUGCAACGUAUAGCUAAAGAAACUGAAGGGUUUGUGGCUAGAGAUUUUACGGUGCUUGUGGAUCGAGCCAUACAUUCUUGUCUCUCUUAUCAAAGUAUAUCCACCAGGGAAGAAUUAGUUUUAACAACACUGGACUUCCAAAAGGCUCUCCAAGGAUUUAUUCCUGCAUCUCUGCGAAACGUCAACCUGCAUAAACCUCAGGACCUGGGCUGGGACAAGAUCGGUGGGUUACACGAAGUGCGGCAGAUACUCAUGGACACUAUCCAGUUACCAGCCAAGUACCCAGAGUUAUUUGCGAACUUGCCCAUACGACAGAGAACAGGAGUGCUGCUGUACGGGCCUCCUGGGACAGGGAAAACCCUGCUCGCUGGAGUCAUUGCACGAGAGAGUGGGAUGAAUUUUAUCAGCGUCAAGGGGCCGGAGUUACUCAGCAAAUAUAUUGGAGCAAGUGAACAAGCUGUUCGGGAUAUUUUUAUUAGAGCACAGGCUGCAAAGCCCUGCAUUCUGUUCUUCGAUGAGUUUGAAUCCAUUGCUCCUCGCCGAGGUCACGAUAACACAGGAGUCUCAGACCGGGUCGUUAAUCAGUUGCUGACCCAGCUGGACGGAGUAGAAGGCUUACAGGGUGUUUACGUGCUGGCUGCUACUAGUCGCCCUGACUUGAUUGACCCUGCCCUGCUUAGGCCUGGACGCCUGGACAAAUGCAUAUACUGUCCUCCUCCUGAUCAGGUGUCACGCCUUGAAAUUCUGAACGUUCUCAGUGACUCUCUCCCUCUGGCGGAUGACGUGGACCUUCAGCACGUGGCCUCAGUAACCGACUCCUUCACGGGAGCCGACCUGAAAGCUUUGCUUUACAACGCCCAGCUGGAGGCCCUACACGGAAGGCUGCUGUCCUGUGGGCUCCCCGACGGAAGCUCCAGUUCCGACAGUGAUCUGAGUCUGUCUUCAAUGGUUUUUCUUAACCACAGCAGUGGCUCUGAUGACUCAGCUGGAGAUGGAGAGUGUGGCUUAGAUCAGUCACUUGUUUCUCUAGAGAUGUCUGAGAUGCUUCCCGAUGAGUCCAAGUUCAACAUGUACCGGCUCUACUUUGGAAGCUCUUAUGAAUCGGAACUUGGAAAUGGAACCUCUUCUGAUUUGAGCUCGCAGUGCCUGUCUGCACCAAGCUCCAUGACUCAGGAUUUCCCUGCAGUUCCUACGAAAGAGCAGUUGCUCUCACAGCCUCCCAUGUUUAGAACAGCUUCCCAGGAAGGCUACCAAGAACUCACACAGGAACAGAGAGAUCAGCUGAGAGCCGAUAUCAGCAUUAUCAAGGGCAGAUACCAGAGCCAAAGUGGAGAGGAUGACUCCCUUACCCGACCAGGACCAGUCAAAGCCAGUCUGGCCAUUAGUCAGUCUCAUUUAAUGACUGCUCUCAGUCACACAAGGCCGUCCAUUAGCGAAGACGAUUGGAAGAAUUUUGCUGAGCUGUAUGAAAACUUUCAAAAUCCAAAGAAGAGGAAAAAUCAAAGUGGAACAAUGUUUCGACCUGGACAGAAAGUAACUCUAGCAUAAAAUAUACUUCUGAUUUUUUUUUCUCGGUGACUUGUCCCUAUGUUGUAACAUUAAAAAUGGUGUCUGUAAAUUUUUUUUAAUUUAAUAAAUUAAGCUGUAAAAUCACAGGUUUGUAAACCUGUGGUUAUAUAAUGAUCAAGAUUACUUGAGGGUAAUACUGUAUAGUGGGAUAUUUAUAACAGAUUGUAUUUUAUUUCCUAUAAAUCUAUAUUAAACCCUUAAUGAAAUAAUACUA